UAUCAGACGGAGCUCGGGUCUGCAGUGUCCGCAUUUUGCCUCUCUCUCCCCGGCCUCUGGGCGGCUGUUCUCACAGAAUCUUCCCGGGACAGAGGUGGACUUUUCCCGGGUUAAUUCCCCACCUUUAGCUACGGAGGAUCUGAGCGGUCAGUUAACUUUUUUUCCAUCCAGUUUGAGGAAAUUAUUCCGCUCUGGUCUCUUUGGUGAUGCCUCCAGACUGGAGCCGCUCCGGGACGCACCCAAACCAAGCAGGUGCACGUGCUCUGAUACACAACCAAAGAGUUAGUGGAAGCUUUUUGCGCGCGAAGAUGAAGGAAAACUGAGAUUCUGUCGCAGCUUAAGUUGAUAUUUUCGCAUUUUGUCAGAAACCACAGAUGGAUCGAUCAUUUUGGAACCAGUUCGAUGUUACAGGUUAGACAGAAUCACACGAUGCUGCUUCCAUUCUCGGGGUUUCUGUGUAUGUGGCUGUGCAGCGAGGCCUUUGCAACUCAGCUCCACAAAACAAAGACGACUUUCAGCCCUCACUUUGAAUCCACAGCCGCUGAGAGGAGCCAUCAGAGCCGGAGAUGGCGCACAGUCACCGGGGAGGACAAUGGGGGGACGAGCGGUGCAGAGGCCUUGGGGCUGGAUACUUUAAAUCUGUCACCCUCUGAGCUGCUAGGGACACAGAUACCCGGGCGCGCUGUGCGUAAAAGCGACGCUCAGAAUGGAGAGCGAGUUCGCCAAGCUCUACGUACGGAUAUAAACAAACCCAGUGAGAGUAUUGGGUGCAAACCGGGAGAAGUGAUUGGCAAAAAAGACGGAAGCACUUGUAACCUGACAACGAUCGGACAUAACCGGCGGCAGAGGCGGUCACACUCUGUGCCGUUUGGGUCACAGGUGCGUAAAAGUGACGCGCAAAACGGAUUGCAGCACAUCCAACGCGAACACCAAGCUUUGCGCACGGAUAUAAAGACACUUCAUGUGAGUAAUGGAUGCAAACCGGGAGAAGUGCUUGAAAAAAGUCAACAUGAACACACUGUUCGGCAGAAGCGAAGUGUGCGACGCGGCAGAAGGAAGCGAAGUGACUUGGACGAAGCCUCCAUGGCGCAGGAACAAGAGGCCGAGCCCCCCUUCAACACCACGGACUUUGAGGAGGAAGAGGAGGAGGAGUACUUUGUACCGGACUAUCCGGACACCACUCCGGUGAACCCACGCACGCGCCGGAAGCAGCUGAAGAACCCCUUCUACCCGGUGACCGCGGAGGCGUGCGGCGCGUACGCGGUCCUGAUCAUUUCCGCGCUCAUCUUCAGCGUGGGUAUCAUCGGGAACGUGUCGCUGAUGUGCAUCGUGUGUCACAACUACUACAUGAGGAGCAUCUCCAACUCGCUGCUGGCCAACCUCGCGCUCUGGGACUUCAUCAUCAUCUUUUUCUGCCUGCCGCUCGUGCUCUUCCACGAGCUCACCAAGAACUGGCUGCUGGGGGAGCUCUCGUGCAGGAUCAUCCCCUACCUGGAGGUGGCGUCUCUCGGGGUCACGACCUUCACGCUGUGCGCUCUGUGCAUCGACCGUUUCCGCGCCGCCUCCAACGUGCAGAUGUACUACGAGAUGAUCGAGAACUGGGCGUCAACCACCGCCAAGCUGGCCGUCAUCUGGGUGGGGGCCCUGCUGCUGGCGCUGCCCGAGCUGCUGAUCCGGCAGCUGGUGACGGAGGACGGCGAGCCGCCCGACGUGGAGCCGUGCGAACGCUGCGUGGUGCGCAUCUCCACCGAGCUGCCGGACACGCUGUACGUCCUCGGCCUCACCUACGACGGCGCCCGCCUCUGGUGGUACUUCGGCUGCUACUUCUGCCUGCCCACGCUCUUCACCAUCUUCAGCUCGCUGCUCACCGCGCGCAAGAUCCGCCACGCUGAGCGUGCCUGCGUCCGCGGCAACAAGAAUAAGCAGAUCCAGCUGGAGAGCCAGAUGAACUGCGCGGUCGUGGCCUUGGCGAUCCUCUACGGCUUCUGCAUCAUCCCGGAGAACAUCUGCAACAUCAUCUGGGCGUACAUGGCGGCGGGGAUCCCCCGCAGGACUCUGGACAUCCUGCAGCUGGUCAGCCAGAUGCUGCUGUUCUGUAAGUCAGCGGUGACGCCCGUGCUGCUGUUCACCCUCUGCCAGCCGUUCACCAGAGCCUUCCUGGACUGCUGCUGCUGCUGCUGCGAGGAGUGCGGCCCGUCGUCGCGCUCCGACGCCGCGACCAGUGACAACGACAACGAGUGCACCUCUGCCGAGGUGGAGCUGUCACCGUUCGGGACGCUCCGUGGGGAGCCGUCCACCUCCGCCUCCUGCAGCCAUGUGGGGACGCACUGCUGAGGGGAAGAGUCAACCGCUACUGGGAGAUAUAGAGUGGUGCAGGAAUGAAUCCUAAAACCUGGGAAUUAGUCAGCAUAUUUGGUUCCCUCCUCUGGAUAAUCCCAAAUCACAUGGGAAAAUCCCAUUGGCUUUUUGCUAGCCCGUUGCUAUGCUAACUUCAGGGUCAGAAUACAGAAUCCCUGCACCGCUCUAUACUGAUGAGGGGUUUGUCGGUGGAGGCGUUGACACAUCAGGCUGUAAACUCCUGAGCUUCUACAAACUGUUGGACACGUGUUUACUGACGGACAGACUGAAGCCGUCCUCCACUGUUUACAGAGUUUAUAUAUAAAAGAUCACACAGACAUUAUUAGUAAAUCACAUUCAUUUGAUCAGUUCCUUUCUUUGACUCACCAGAUGUUUUUCUGAAUCUGCACUCUUUAUCAUCACUGUAUUUCACAGAGGCUGAGAGCAGACAUGGACGCUGAGUAGACUCAGCCGUGAUCACGUGAUGACGGCCUCAGAUAAGUGACUUUAAUUUACGAGUCUGUCUUUUCAAUUUCAUUUCCUUGGAAUACAAAUUAUUUUAUUGAGUCUAUGUCAUCAUGUUGAAUUCACAAUCAGCUGUUAACGUUCCCCUAAAAAAGCAACCACAAAUUCUGCUGUUUUUAUACGUUUUUGGGCGGGUAAAUGUUACCCUCCCUCUGUAUGGUUAUGGUUAAGGUUGCUAUUCGGUCUCCCAUUGGAUGAAACUGACUAAGACGAAGGGACAUUGCUGCGUCAGGACCUCCCGAUAAGUAAAAACAGAUCAUAAAAAUAUGGUUUCCUGUAGACAAUGUCUUGUUUUUGUGCAACUGACAUGUUAAUAACUCAGUCUUUGUUAUGGCAAAAAUGUUGUCAAAAACAUUGAUCAAUGGGUCUUGCAGCGUUCAAUCAAUAUCUAUCUUUACGGUAAACAGUGCCAAGAUACAUAUGAAAAUACAGACUCUUAAAAAAAAGUGUCACUCACUUGAUUUGAUGUUUAGGCAAAACAACUCAUCGUCAACACUGGCCGCCGUCAGCCCCUGUGGAUUUAUUAUUUUGAAUGUUUAUUUCUCGUGUGAGUGAGUCAGUGGGAUGUACUGUACAAUACUGACAGGGCUGAUGAUGCUGUGUGUGAAACUCUGCUCAGUUUGCAAUGAGACUGAAAUACUGUUGUUGUUGUUGUUGUUGUUGUUGUUGUUGUUGUUGUUUUUUAGCCACAAGAGAAACUGUCACUUUAAUUAAAUAAUGUUUUAAGAAUA